AUGGCAUCCACAGCCACGGACCAGCGACAGUCGCAAGACAUCGAGCUGCAGCUCUCAGAGACCAGUACCACGAAGCGUGAGGACCCUAUCCCGCGCGAAGAUGGUUCAGAACCCAAGAGCACAUUCAUGCGCGUCUGCAAGAACUUUUCAACCGUCUGGUCAGCUCUCCCAAUCUACACUUCUAUCCCUGCCACUUUCCGAGCUAACUCCUUCAGGUUCACCGUCUGCAUGGACACCGGUGUCCUCUCUAUCAUCCUACACCAGUUUCCAUACCCCUCGCACUGGACCCGCGUCUGCAGCACCAUCCUCUUCGUCCUCAAUCUCGUCCUCUUCCUCCUCUUCAUCACCAUUUACCUUCUGCGCUGGACCUUCUACCGCACCUCGACCUUCAGCCACACGUCCGUCGACGCUGAAGAAAUCGCCCUCCAAGCCUGUCCGACCAUCACCUGGCUGACCCUCACCAUCCAAGUUCAGCUCAUCUGCGCCCAGUCCUGGGGCUAUGGCUUCACCAUCCUCGCCUUCGUCAUGUGGUGGAUCAGCCUGUUAUGGAUCACCACCAUCUGCGUCCUCCUCUACCUGCACCUCAUCAAGCACCCCUCCCACUCCAUCGUCGACAAAUGGCUCCCCACCGCCGUCUUCAUUCCCAUCGUCGGCCUCUUCACGCAAGCCAAUGCCGCAGGCCUCAUCGUCAACGGCGCCACCAACGACACUCACCUCUCCGCCGCCCUCGCCAUCCCCCUCAUCAUCGUUGGCUUCAUGCUCGUCGGCUUCGGCCUCGGCCUCGCCACCAUCAUGUACGCCAUCUACAUGCACCGCCUGAUGACGAGUGGCUUUCCUGAGAGCCUCAAGAUCCCCUCCAUGAUCCUCACCAUCGGCCCCUGCGGCCAGAGUGCCUCCGCCCUGAUCCAACUGGGCAACGCCGCCGUCACACACAGCAAUUUCGCCACGUACGACAGAGGCACGUUCCUGACCGCCACCGCCGCACCGGUGCUGAGAGUGCAGUGCACGCUCGCCGCGCUGCUGCUCGUCGGCUUCGCCAUCUUUUGGAUGUCCGUCGACUACUACGCGCUGGUAUCCGGUCUUGUGCGCCGGCAGAUCAAGCCCAGCCUCUUCUGGUGGAGCAGCAUCUUCCCCGUCGGCACAGUGGUGACGGCGUUGGCCGGGUUGGGGACGGAGCUGGACUCGCCCGCGUUCAAGAUCUGCGCCAUCAUCCUGUUUGUGUUUUUGUUCCUGAUUUAUGUCGUCAAUGCGGUAAUCACGGUGCCGAUGACGCUGGAUGGCAGCUUCCUGGGCUUGGAGAAGGGGUUUGAGCAUGGCUUUCACCGAGAGUCGAAGAGGGCGAGGAAGUUCGAGGAAGAGUCACAGGGAGCGUGA